AUGCCUCAUUCCACGACAUCAGGCACUUACGUCCGAGAGUCCUCCGUCUCGCGAUCGAGCACCAAAACUCUGGGAGACCACCCCGGCGAUGGCGAUGCCGAUUCCGGACUUGAGAAGUUCCCAGACCAUAUCGACUCGCCAGCCAUGCGCGGCAUUGGCGCAAGAUCCCUGAGCCCCGCUGGCCUGAAUGGAUAUGGGGUCGGUAUAAAUGGAGGAACCCAGGCGAAUCCGGAGCGGUGGCUGCCACGCAGAGAUAUGGCCCCGACGAAGGGUGUAAGAUGGGGUCCCUCAUUGGGACCACCGGCCGCCGCUUCAGUCUCUCGGGGCCACGGCCGACAAAAGAGCAUAGGCGACGCAUUCCGGACGAUUAGGGGUCGUAGUGGGAGCGUCAGCCAGAAUGCUCAUGAGCUAGCAGAUGCUCUGCGGGCGCCAAUAUCUCCCAAACUCAUUGGUCUUUGCGUUAUGUGGUACAUGUCGUCCGCCUUAACCAACACCUCUUCCAAGUCGAUUCUGAACGCCUUCGACAAACCUGCGACCUUAACCAUGAUACAAUUCUUCCUGGUUGCCUUCUACUGCAUCAUGUCCUCGUGGCUGGCGUCUGUGUUUCCCACCAUACGAACCAAAAUACCGGCACUACAUAACCCAAUACGAUCACCAUCAAGAGAUGUCAUUAUGACCACCUUGCCACUCGCCGCAUUCCAGAUCGGCGGUCACUUGCUGAGCGCUACCGCCACCUCGAAGAUCCCCGUUUCCAUGGUCCAUACCGUCAAGGGGCUCUCGCCUCUGUUCACCGUCUUCGCAUACCGGUUCAUCUUCGACAUCCGAUACCCGCGUGCUACAUACUACUCACUGAUACCGCUCACGCUUGGCGUCAUGUUGGCAUGCUCCUCGAACCAUACCUUCAAGGGCGAUAUGCUGGGAAUACUCUAUGCUCUCCUGGCGACUAUCAUAUUCGUGACCCAGAACAUCUUCUCCAAGCGGUUGUUCAACGAAGCCGCGAGGGCGGAAGCCGAUGGACAAGCGACCAAGUCCCGCAAGCUCGAUAAGCUGAAUCUUCUAUGCUAUUCCUCGGGAAUGGCUUUUGUGCUGACGUCUCCGAUAUGGUUUUGGAGUGAAGGUAUCGGUCUGAUUCGUGAUUUUGUUCAUGAUGGUGCCCUGGAUCUGUCUGCUCAACCAAACAGUUUCGACCACGGCCGUCUGACUAUGGAAUUUCUAUUCAACGGAACGUUCCAUUUUGGACAGAAUAUCCUAGCCUUCGUUCUGUUGUCUAUGGUCUCGCCCGUCACCUACUCUGUUGCGUCGUUGAUCAAGCGGGUAUGGAUCAUCGUGGUGGCAAUCUUGUGGUUCCGUAACCCAACAACACCGCUUCAAGCUGUGGGCAUUGCACUUACGUUCGUUGGUCUGUAUUUGUAUGACAGGACGAAUGACAGCAAUAAGGCGGAUCGAAGAGCGCGCCUUCUGAGCCAGAGUUCGAAACAUGGGCAGCCAAUACUCCCCUUGAACACGGCCCAAGGGUCGACGACGCAGAACGGAGGAGGCUCUGUCUUCGAAAGCCCUAUGUCCUUGUUAAACGGCUCUACUCCUUCUUACCCGUACACCAACGGCCACUCCUCGCAAGCUGCUGCCGCAAACGAAGACUUUAAGAAGAGUGAUGACGUGGGCAAGGGGCGACAACGAGGAAGCAGCAAUGCUGCUUGGCUUACGCGGGGGACUAAGCAAGAAGAGACGUGGAGGUACGAAGAUAGAGUCCAAGCUGCGUCUUGA